AAUAAUUUAUAACAAAUAAAAUAUAUGAAUAUAAUAUAAUACAAAACAUGAAACAGUUUUGUGUUCCCUGACUCUGAUAGCACAAAGCAGAUGGAAAAUUUUGUUCAUUAACAGAAACAGUAACAUCUAUUAAAAAUUGUCCACAUCAGCUGAGCCAUUUGGGACAGAACAAGUGUAAUUUUUUUACCAUUGCAAAAGACAGCUAGAAAUGCAAACUAUCAGCUCUCAAUAAUCAUGUUCUAUUAAAGACAAAUACAAUCCUGUUAUUUAUUCCAGUCCAAGAUUGUUUUGUUGAGGUCUUAAAUUAAUUACACAGCCCAAUGAAACGUAGAGAGAGAGAGAAAAAAACCACACACACACACACACACAAAGCAACACUGUUGCAAGACUGGACCUCCAGCCUCCACACUCUUCACACAUGCUCACUCAGUCAAGACACAACGACAGAAGCAGAUAAAAAAACAAAAACAAAUUGACUUAAGACCACAACGCUCUCAGAUCAUCUUUUUAAAAACUGCUGGAAGAUGAUGUUUAAAGAAAAAACUUUUGUUGCUGUCUGGUUUGGCUUUAUUCUGGUUGGUGUGUUUGGUGAAACAGACACAGUGAAGUCCGUCUCAGUGCUGGAAGGAGAUUCUGUCACUCUAAACUCUAGUCUUAAUGAAAUACAGACAGAUGACAAGAUAAUGUGGCAUUUUGGGAAUGACAGACCAAUCAUAGCUAGAAUCAGUAGAGAGAACAAACAAAUCCUUGUUUCUGAUGUGAGUUUCAAAAACAGACUGAAGCUGGACGACAAGACUGGAUCUCUGAGCAUCAAUAACACCAGAACCACAGACUCUGGACUUUAUGAAGUGACCAUCAGCAGAAGCAGCACAGUGACUAAAUACAAUUUCACUGUUAAGGUCUAUGCUCGUCUGCCUGUUCCUGUCAUAAGCAGUAACUCCUCAAACUGUUCAUCACCAUCAAUGUCCAAAUGUUCAUUUUGGUGUUCAGUGGUGAAUGUGAGUCAUGUGACUCUCUCCUGGUACAAAGGAAACAGUUUAUUGUCCAGCAUCAGUGUGUCUGAUCUCAGCAUCAGUCUCUCUCUACCUCUGGAGCUGGAGUGUCUGGAUGAUUUCUACAGCUGUGAUGUGGCUCAUUCAUUCACAAACCAGACCACACUUCUCAACAGCACUCAGCUCUGUCAACCAUGUUCAAUGAAAGAUUGUACCUUCUGCUGUCAUUUUCCUGAAGUUGUGACCCGAUUGGUCAUCUCGGUUCUGGUGGGUGUGGCUGCUGCAUUUAUUGUGAUGUAUGACAUCACAUCCAAUUUGAAAAAAGGAUAGAUCAUAACAGACGUCAUCAUCAUCAUCGGAUGAUCACAGAUGAAUCAUGUAUUCUGACUUUGUGUAUCCACUCUUUGCCAGAACAUUUUUACAUUAACAAAAGUUAUAUGUUGAAUUACAUUAUAGAUUAACAUUCAGUUCUUUUAAUGAUUAAUCAUUUUCUUUUUAAUGAUUUUUUUUAUUAUUAUUUAUUUCAUUUAUUUUAAAUGAGAAAUAGGUUGCUUUAAGAGUAUAGACUUAUUUUACAUGGGUUUUGUUUCAUCGCUUGGUGAUUAUUGGCUUGCUAUCAUUAUCUUAUUAUCCUUAUUAUUAUUUGUAUUAUUAUUAACGUUUCUUGUAUUAUAAGUUAUGCAUAUAAAUGAAAAACAUCAAGAAAUAUUAUAUAUAUAUAUAUAUAUAUAUAUAUAUAU